GAAGGCUACAGCGAGGACACAGAGAGAGGGGAGGAGGAGGAGAGCGCCGCGGUUACUGCGCACAGUGAGCUCGCCAGCUCCACUCAUCACCGAGGACAUAACAAGUACUAAAAAUCCCCUAAACCGUGUAUUGCCGGCUAAAGAAGCCUUCCCCCGAUCGGCUCCGAUGACGGCGCUUUUUAAUUUCUAGUGGAAGUGAAGGUUUAAUAACACAACCAACUGAGCGCAGCUCGACGGACGAUCGGUGCGUCGUAGGAGGAGGACAAGCACCCAACAUAGAAACGUGGAGGUGGAGCAGCCUGUCCACAGGCUGCAAACAAACAAGAAAAAAAAACUAUUUUCCGAUUGGAUGUAUGAGAAGUUGCUCCUGACACCACGGACUGUGGCUAAACUGUGAGCUGAGAGGAUUGUAAAGUUUUUUUUUUGGGGGGGGGGGGGGGGUUAAUAGACGCACCCUGCUGCCCUGAGAUUCUCCAUCUUAAUGCAAAACUACACAUGGUGAUGAUUUUUGGACUUACAGUGACAAAUUAGUUACUUUUUGUAUGUUGCAUAAGAGAGCAAGAGGGACACCUUUUUUGCUGUAGAAAUGACACUUUGUUGUUUCAUCUAUUUGGGAUGAUCAGAAAGUGCCAGAGAGGGAUUUACACGCUUGGGACAAGUUCUGAUUCUGUCGCAUCGCCAACACAAGGAGCUUUUCUGCUUUAACCAAUAAUUAAUAUAUAUAUCAGACUGAAUAACCAAAGACAGCAGUUGUCCUAAGGAUCCAAAAACCCUGGCUUUGGUUUUAUUUCCUCUUUUAUCUUUUGCUAAGAAGAUAAAUACCUCAUAGCCUAAGACUUAUUUAACCUGGACCCUAUUUGUGCACCCAAAGGAAAGUUUAACAUUUUCAUACCAUCAUAUAUUUUUAAAGGUAGAAGAAAAAAGGGAAUAACACAACAAAGACUUUAUUUUUUUAUUUAUUUUUACUUUUUGUUUUUCAUAAAGAAUGAGGAUUGAAGCGAUAUAAAACCCCUUUAAGAAACUAUUUGGUGUGGAUUAUCGCUCAACUUGACCUCAACCUUCACAAAGUAGCAGAGUGCAGAAGGCUAGAACAAUGCCAGAUUCACCUGCAGAUGUGAAAACCCAGCCCAGGUCCACCCCACCUACCAUGCCUCCUCCACCCCCGGCUGUGAGCCAAGCAACAAGUCGCAAUGCCUCAUUCACGCCGGCCACCAGUAAAUCAAUGCUAAAUGGGAGCAGCCACUCUCCUACCUCGCUAAACGGUGCUCCUUCAACUCCCAAUGGCUUCAGUAACGGACCAGCGAUGUCCUCGACGGCCUCCUUGUCCAACCAACAGCUUCCACCGGCUUGUGGUGCCCGGCAGCUCUGCAAACUAAAACGCUUCCUGACCACGCUACAGCAAUUCGGAAAUGACAUAUCCCCUGAGAUUGGGGAGAGAGUGCGCAGCCUUGUGUUAGGACUGGUGAACUCCACUCUCACCAUUGAAGAGUUUCAUUCUAAACUUCAUGAGGCCACCAACUUCCCACUGAGGCCUUUUGUAAUUCCUUUCUUAAAGGCAAACCUGCCCCUGCUUCAGAGAGAAUUGCUCCACUGUGCCAGACUGGCCAAACAGACUCCAGCCCAGUAUCUGGCUCAGCACGAGCAGCUCCUCCUUGAUGCCAAUGCCAGUUCGCCCCUCGACUCCUCUGAGAUCAUGCUGGAGAUGAAUGAGCACGGCAAGAGAAGGACCCCUGACAGGACCAAAGACAGCUCCGACAGAGACGGCUUGCACCCGGAGCACCUGGCGAAGAGGCCCUGCACCAUCAGCCCCAGCCAACGAUUCAGCCCCAGCACAGGACUCCCAGCUCACCCGCCUCCCAAUGGCCUGCCAACUCACCCUCCCAACGGCCUGCCUCAUCCACCCAACCCCCAAGUGGGACCCCAGCACUACCGCCUAGAAGACAUGGCCCUGGCGCACCAAUACAGGGACGCGUUCAGACACAGCGAACACAGAGACUCUCGAGACAGGCACCGACAGACAGCAGUGCAUGGAGCUCGCCAAGAGGAGGUGAUUGAUCACCGUCUAACAGACCGAGAAUGGGCAGAGGAGUGGAAACAUCUUGAUAAUCUCCUUAACUGCAUCAUGGACAUGGUAGAGAAGACGCGGCGCUCUUUGACGGUGCUGCGGCGCUGCCAGGAGGCCGACCGCGAGGAGAUGAAUCACUGGAUCCGACGCUACAGCGACGUAGAGGAGAUGAAAAAAGGUGGGAGCAACGGACAGCACUGCCUUCCUCCUCCUCCUCCUACUCUUCCUCCUCCUCACCACAACUCCUCCUCCAACACAGCUAGCAGCAGCGAGUCACUGCCCAUAGGAACUUCCUCGGCUGCUGAAAGGCAGACAGGCAGACAUACAGAGAUCCACAGAGACUUUCUGCACCGGCCUCCCUCAGGAUACCUACCUGAAGAAAUCUGGAGGAAAGCCGGUACUACAAGCAUGCCGCUUUCCCCAACUCUAAAGCACCUCCAAAACAAGCAGGAAGAGGCAGUGAACGAGGUAAAGCGGCAGGCCAUGUCGGAGCUGCAGAAGGCAGUAUCAGAUGCUGAGAGGAAGGCUCAUGAGAUGAUUUCUGCUGAACGGUCCAAAAUGGAGAGGGCACUUGCUGAGGCAAAGAGACAAGCUUCCGAAGAUGCCCUAACAGUCAUCAACCAGCAAGAAGAUUCCAGCGAAAGCUGCUGGAACUGUGGCAGGAAAGCCAGCGAGACGUGCAGCGGCUGCAACACAGCUCGCUACUGUGGCUCCUUCUGCCAACACAAAGACUGGGAGAAGCACCACCACGUAUGUGGUCAGGGCCUGCAGGGGCUACCAGGGGGCAGUAGCGUUCCUUUAGGCACCCCCUCCUCAACUUCCUCUGCGUCCUCCAGUGCUCCCCCGACCCACUCAGAGAGCACCCCUCCAGGAUCCCUUUCCCUGGUGGGUCUGAGCAGUAUUGCAGGAGGUGCCGGUAACGGGAGCGUCUCCGCCAGCCCCAAAGAGAGCAGUUCCAGCAGCGUCUCUCGCUCCACGACCCCGGCUACCCCGGCCCUACUGGAUGCCACUUCUCGCUGAUGUCUGAGCCCUCUGUCCGGUCGUGCAUACUAAAAUGACAGUGCCCACACUCCACACAAAACCAAAUUGAGGAAUGUGCAUCAUACACGGCACCCUUUCCUCCCUUCCCUUAUUCAUAACCCUCUACUUGCAAACUCUGUGAUAACUCCUUUAACAACCAACAGCUUUUCUCACCCUCACCGUGUAUAACGUUUUCUGCCUCUUCAGUAACCACACCCACAGAUACAAAGAUUCUAAUCAGAGGUUCAAACGUGGUGCAAAGCAUGCAUCGUGCAGUGUCUGCCACAACAUAUCAGUUUUAUUAGCUGAGAUUAUAAGCUUUUAAUUGAAGAUUCACCCUAAGUAAUGUAGGCAUGGGAAAGUUAGGGGCUGAGAUCAAGAAUCAUUGAUGAGGGAUUAACUAGCACUUGAUAGGAUUUCCUCUUUAAUUUAGCACCAGUGGAGGUACAAUACCCAGCCCUGAAAUGUGCACUAACAGUCUGCUGAUGUGGCACCUCUGCAAUUUCAUAAUGAAGAGGCAAAAAGCAUAACCUUGUUCUAAAUCCUAGGAGGGAUGGGGAUAAAAACUGUGAUGUGAUUUAUUCCUCAGAAACACAACUUAGUAUUUAUUAAAGGUUUCUUUCUGGCUUUAAUGGAAAACAAAGAUAAGUCCAAAUACUCUGAAUAAAGAAUAAUAACGCUGAUGAUGAUGCUGAUAAUGAUAUGAAAAAUAAAUUAAUUUUAAACUGCUAACUACCUUGCUAGCGAGCCAAGAAAAUCUACACCGGACUCACCUCUCCGCUCCAUUAUGAACCCAAAUAAAUUCAAAGAUGAAACAAAUAACAUGAUCCAAACCUUUUUACUACACUGCCAAAGUGAAAAUAAAAAACAGAAGUGAUGAAGAGAAGCACUCAUCUUAAAACCAAACACAAAGCAACAUCACCUCCUGUGCAGAAAAGCCAGCCCUGAGAGGACCAGGCGUGGAGGAGCUGCAGAGCAGCACCUCAAGUCCGAGAUUUAAACAAAAAAAACUGUGACCUGCUUAGAUCUGCAGCUGCCUCCCGCAGUCCGUAUAAAACUACAGCGACUCCUCAGUGAUGGCCCAGACUAGUGAAUAUGGACAAUGCUGUGAACUUGCCUACAAGAAAGACUUGACGGAUGGAAACCCUGCCACAGUGUGGUUCUUUUGUGAAUGGUAGAAAGGACAUAACGAGGGAAAAAGGAAAAAGCUGUGCGGCCUCAGAGGAAACAGAGAUGGAUACAAGGCAACGGAGCUGCCAAAAACUUCAACACAAGCUUGGAGACAUUGUUCAAGAGGGCAUUGCAUAUUAUGGAGACGUAUAAGGAGAUUGCUUAAAAGUCAAUUGUUUUUUUAAACAAAAAGCUUACAAGAAGGAGAUGUUUUGAGGAAUUGACGUCACCUUUACAUUCACUCCCUUCUUUUCCAAAGCGUGACUAGCAGUUCAGAAGAGCCGACAGGACGAUGUAAACUUUGUUCUCCUCUCUUUCUACCUCCCCUCAUCCCACAACUCCCUUCUUUGCUUGUCCCCAAACUAGUUGACUCAUGUUCAACCCCCAAAACCCGAGUUUGCUUUGGACAGAGCCGCAAAGCACUCUCACAGGAGGGGUUGAACCUAAUUGUAGAUAUUGUUCCUUUCUCGAUUUGUUUUUCACUGAUGCCACAUGUGCUGCCCUUGUGUAUAUCCAAAAAAACAGACUUUGUUUUUGGUCAUUUGCCUUUCAUUUUCUUAAAAGUUUGGGUUGAGCUGUCAAAACAGAGGAAAUGGUGUUUGUGUAUGAAAGGAAGCCCCACAUUGUACUUAUUGUUUGAAUUGUAUCUAUAUUAUUGAGAUGAAACCCCUCUUGUAGAAUAUUUUGUAUUGCUCGCAUUGUAAGACAGUGAGAGGACAGAGGUGCAAUAUGAAGAGAAUUCAGCUACUGAAUGGAACCUCAGCAACUGCCCAUAGGGUGUCAUAUAAUAUAGAUACAUAUAGAUAUAUUUAAAGCAACAUCAGUAACUUAAUGUGAAUGUACAUAGUAUUUAAAAGGUCCAAAAAUGUGUUUGCCAAAUAACAAAAACCUUUAAAGUUCAGAACAUGACUUUUUCUCACAGUACAUUUGCUUUUCACUCGUACAAGCUGAGUUUCUAAAAUCAAAGUGUCAUGAAAACUGUUGGCAACAGACGUAAAAUAGCUCCAGUCAGCACCAGGCGAUUUAACAUAGGUUUUGUUUGGCUAUUGGUAGAUCGUCCCAAUAUAGUCUGUUGUUACAGAGAGUAAAAAGUGGUGGAUUCAGGAAUUCUGUCUUUUUUUUUAACAUCUUUAGUGACUGUAAUGAUCCCUUUCUCUUGGUCUUGAUCAAUCUGUGCGUGUGGUUUAUGAUUGUUCUUUACCUCCCUGGUUGUGGACGACAUGCCAGUACUGUAGGGUAAAGCGAUACGCCAGUGUUAAGCUCACAACAAAAGUCAUUUUAAUUUUCUGUUUUAGAUUUGACUUCUUUAUUGUUUGGAUAAAGAUGUGAUUUAACAAUAAGAUGCAGAAGUGGAACAGGCCCUUGUUUCCAGGUCGAGAGAGAGGCUUUGCCUUGUUACAUGUGUUAAUUUCUUCUUCUAGCUUCUCCAAUAGGGUAAUAAACCGACUUAUUGCCUUUUAUAUUGACCAUUGCAAAUCCUACAGGACUGGCCUCAUUUACACUUGGACCAAACUUGAAAAAAAUAUAUAUUUUUACCACAAAUAGAAUAAAGUUUUGGACUAUUUGGGAAAACCUAAAAUUCAGAUAAGCUGCAAGGUACCCCUGCAUCUCUGUGUAAGCUCAGUCCUUCUUUUGUGACAUCUUUCCUUUCCCCUGAUGUCUAAUAGUCACUCAGACACACCUCCCCCCCCACCCCCACACACCCCUGCUGACACGACCUACCUCCUGUGAGCAUACAGCGAACCACCAGGAGAAGACCUGGUCUUUCAAAAAAACACAGAUAGCUUGAGAGCAGACAUGGACACACAAUCACAUUCAUAGGUGAUCAGAAAAAUCCACACUGAAAGGAGCUGUCAUUACUCAUGAUGUGGACAAAAACAUCAAUUUCCAACAGACUGCAACUUCAAUUAAAAAAAAAAAAAAACAGCUUUUGUUGAGAUUUAUUAAUAGACACUCAUCCAGUUAUUCCUGCAUUUUACCAAACCAACCACAGAUUCAGUGAUGACAUGUCAUUUACUGUCUGAAACCAAUAAAAGCACAGACCAAAGUACUAGUUUGCCAUUGUAGACUGUAACAUGGCAAGUAAUGACAGAUGGCAACCAGUCAACCAAAGUAUAUCCGAAAAACACACACUAGGAGAGUCCAGGAGAGCCCGCGCAACAAACAGGCUGAGUUUCAGAUGUGAAUACUUACUCAAGCAAUCAAAGUGCUUGCUGACUACAUAUUGAGCAGUGCUUCUCUGUAAACAGCAGAAGUUUCUCUUUUGGAAAAAGCCAGUCAACUGUGUGUUCUUAUAGCUACAAAGCCUUGCAGAGUUAAAGUGAAUAUGUGGUAAGUGUGUGUCUGUCUAUGGAUGGUGGUGUGCCUGUCCUUUAGUAAAAAAUAAAUAAAUAAAUAAAGAACAAAACCAAACAGCUACAGCAACAACAACAAAAAAUCUUUAUGUCUCUCUGCAAACUACUUGAAACCUUCAGAGCUUUAAUAAAACAUUCUAGACAAACAACAGCGUUGCAUUGAUUUACAAAAAGAAAAGCCGCAGUUUUGUGCAGGUUUGUCUAUAUAAACAUCCACGUCAUAACACAAUGGGGUGACAGUUCCAUUCAAUUCUUGAAGUGCUUUGUGUGAGCCUCCUUGUCUGCGAGUAAGCCCUCAGAUAAACAAAGCCAAACGCAAUAGACAGUGUACAAAUUACCAAAAUACAACCAAAAGCUGCAACCUUUCUUCUUUAAGUUUCACUUUACUUAUGAAAGAAGCUGAGACCCCUACCCCCACCCCCAAAAUAAUCACACUGCAGGUUGUAAAACAUCAACUAGACUUUCUGUUUGCAGUUUGUGCUGUGGUGUCUGUUACUUUCUCUGUCUAGAUAUUUUAGAUGCCAGAUGAAUCAAGACCCUGCUGAUCAAGGGUCUGCUAAUUCUUUACAUCAGUCACAUUUUAUUUGUUUAACCAUGAUCCUGAUUUAUACAAAACACAUGUCCAGAGAGGACAGGACAGGAGGACAGGACAGGAGCAGGGUUGGUUUUUGUCUCAACCUGUAAGUCAGCUCACAAAGUUUCAAAGCUCAGCCGAUGUGAUGGUGACACGUCCUUCCUGUGAAACUGGCUCCGGAGACUAGAAAGCUGAAGUGAAAAACAAUGGACGCAGCACUUGUUUUUCAAUAAGCCAUGGCUCAAAAUGAUCAUGUUUUUAAACUUUACAUAAACUGAAACAAGUUUAUGCUUUUGUAUGUGUAGGGACGCCUUCUAUACUGUACUGUGCAAUACAUUGAUACAGAAAAAAAGACAUGUUUCUGUAGGAAAGGUUGACGCUUUCGAGACCUUUCCCACUUUGUUUAAUUUCUCUCUUUCAGCAGUCCUGUUGCCAUUUUUAGAUGAAGUAAACUGUGCCAGAGGAAUUAAAUUCUGAUUUGUAUUUAUUUCUUGCAUGCUUCUCUCCCUGUUGCUAAUACCGCUUUUUAACUGUUCGCUCUGUUGGAUGUGUGACGCUGUAAAACAUUCUAAUUCAGGUUAUUGUCUGUGUUGAACAAUGUAACUGUGUAAUUAAAACAUGAAAUGACAUAUC